AUGAGUCUAUUGAAGAUCCCUUUCAUCAUAGCUCCGGCCAUUGGCAUACAUUGCUCGGCCAGGUCUCCUUCUCAGCCACCAUCAUCAGAAGAGAAAGUGGUACCCUCCACCACCUUGGAGUUCUUCAGCAGAUGGGUUUUCGAACGGCGCGGUUUAGAUUUCAUAAAGGGCAGCAUAUGGGCAGCAUCGUCUGCUGAAGUGGCAGCUAUCCUCGUCACGCAUGUAGAUCCUUCGCAUAUUCCAGAGUAUGGAGCUAGAGCUGUGCUGCUUUUGCGCGCUCUUCACCCUACGCCUAUAACCCCGGUUUUCCUCACUGGCAGUCUUGCUGUGACGAUCGGCGGCUUGUUCAGACUUUAUUGUUCGUCGACGCUAGGGAAGCAGUGGAGCUUCCCACUUAGCAUCAGAAAAGAGCACCGGCUUAUCACAAGUGGGCCUUAUUCGGUCGUCCGCCAUCCAAGUUAUACAGGUUACCUUCUCCAAUAUGUCGGGAUCAUCGCUAUGUAUGUAAGCAAAGGGUCUUGGAUGAGAGAGUCCGGGGUUCUACAGGUGCCUAUCGUGAAAGUGCUAGCAGGUGUUUGUUUCUUUUUGCUUACAGCGUUUGCUGGGACUGCCAUCCAACGGCCUCCUACGGAGGACAAGAUGCUCCAGCGUGCUCUGGGAGAAGAAUGGGAGAAUUGGGCGAGGAGGGUGAAAUACCGAUUAAUUCCUGGGAUUUAUUGA